AAUAAUAGUAAUUUUAAUAAUAAAAUGGAGAAAUGGGGUCCGGUCGUCCUCUUCCUCGCGGCGGAGAUGAAGCCACCGCGAUAAGAGAAAGAGACCCUUUUCAAUACAAUUCAACAAUCACAUGAAUUAUUCCAAUUCACAUCUCUGCUUUUGAAACUAAACUAAACGCCAAAAACCCUUCUGUGGCUCAUAAGUUUCCUCUCUCAAAUCUCCGAUUUCCCUCACCCACAUCCCACAUUUCGCAUCCAAAUAAAAAAGGGACACGGACAACAAGAAGGAGUUUUUAAUUCAGUAGUGCCUCUGGAAGAAGCUGUUUCAAUGGCGGCCACUUCCAUUUCUGCAACUGGAUUGUGCUGUUCCUCUUCUUUCUUUGGAGGAUGGGGCUCUACCGUCGCUGGAGAGGACUACCCGGCCCUCCUCGCCAAGCAGGGGCCAGUGCAAGUGGGAAUGGGAAAGCCGGUGAGAUCCCGGCCGAUGAUGAAGAACGUGAAUGAAGGGAAAGGGGUUUUUGCGCCAUUGGUUGUGGUUACUCGGAAUAUCAUCGGUAAGAAGCGCUUCAAUCAGCUUAGAGGCAAAGCAAUUGCCUUACAUUCCCAGGUAAUCACAGAAUUUUGCAAAUCAAUUGGAGCAGAUGGAAAGCAGAGACAAGGGCUAAUCAGGCUUGCCAAGAAGAAUGGAGAAAGACUUGGAUUCCUUGCCUGAGAUUUCAUCACAAAUCUCUUCUUUGUCUCCUGCUUUCUAUCCCAUUCUCUUCAUCAGCUGUAAUAUUAUUUUCUUAAAACACACUCUUCUUUAGACACAACAAAUGCUUCAUUUUUCUGUAAUCAAUAUUCAUAAUCAAGCAAUCUCACAAGACCGCUGUUCUCUUAA